UUCUCCCUCUAUCUUCGUACCACGACAACUAGUUUCUCUCUUCUCUCUCUCCAGCCACACUGCCCAAGUGUGCGCAUGCGUGUACAUCACGGCGUGCAAGGAUGGAAGGAAGAAGGAGGGAAAUAAAAGGAGACCCAGGAAAGAAACAGACAAACGUACACGGGAGCGAAAACAAAAUUAAUAAUAAUAAACUCUGUGGUCUAUCCAGGAACAGCAGUCUAUACCCAGGAACUUGCAACGGGAAAAUAUCUGUGACCGGAACUGUGAAAGGUUAAAAAGGGAAGAAGAUCUCGUUGGGCGCUGUAUACAUCGUCAAUUCCAGCUCAGAUCAGAGCUGCUAUCCUUCUCUCUUACCCUUUCUACGUAUAUAUCCCCUCUCUCUCUUUACUCUUUCCUCCACUUUCGGAUCAAUAGCAGAGCAGAGCAGCAGAGUCCCGAGUGAGAGCGAGCACACACACACACACAACAUCAGAAGGAGAGAUGUGCUGCAAGGCAAACUGAAAAGGAUGAAAAAAGGGGGAGGAAGAAGAAGGAGACAGGCGGAGGGAGGAAAGAAGAAGGAAAAAGAAAAAGCCAAACAGCCGUGUAACGCAUGUUCAAUCAGCAGCACACACCAGCCGAAGAAGAAAAAAUGAUUUUCAGAUGGAAAAGUGAACGAAAGAAGAUGUACUGCAUGAAAUCAUAUUUGACUGUGAGCGACAUUUUCUUGUCCGAUAUGAAAGAAGAAGAAAAAUUUGUGAUUGGCGAUUGCUGCAGCCGGAAACUUUGUGUGGUGGUGGUGGUGGUGGACAGCUAGGGACGAUGUCGACCAUCGUUUGAUAUGCCACAGGAGCGGCUACACAAGUCGGCCACCGGCUUAUCAUUUCGUUGGCCGUCCCAUUGGAAAGACGUGACCCGUUGCCAUCAUCAUCAGCCAUAUCGGAGACUUGGAUUUGUCCUAUUUACUGCACAGUGGAACUACCGCCUGCUAUUGGCCGUUAUUACUCUCACACGCUCCUCUCGUGACGUCUCGGAAAUAAAAAAAAAAAAUCAAAAUUUGGAUGCCUUCCGGAUGGAUGAAAAGCAAGAAGAUGGAGGAUUAUAUAUGCCGGGGUUGAAGUUUGCGAGUAGCUCAUAUCGACUUUGAGUGUUGUGGAUGUGUGUGUGUGGGUAUUAUGGCCUUUUAUUUAGUGGAUAGGAGCAGUUGUAGGAGUAGUAGUAGUUGGAACUGAACCCAGGAGCACCCCUCUCUCUUGCUAGACUGAUGGAUGAGCAGGAAUAUCGAUCAAGUAUAUGUUUGGGGGGUAUAUACACAGUUACGUUUCGGGCCAGCCUUCGUUUCCAUGGCGACCAGUCAAUAACAAAAGCCUGGGCCCUGAAGGCCGCCGAUCUGUUUACGGCCAUCUGCAGCUUGGAACGGAACUCGCCCGUAGUCCCGCCGGUCGCCGGAAUUUCUCUGAUGGAAGAAUGAGAGACUUGAUCGUGAAAAUAAAUACAGAUCCAGCCGUAGGAGCCAGUGGUGGUGGUGGUGGCGGCUUGGCUGCCGCCAAUCAACAGACGACCAACAGAAGAAACAGGAGCCCCAUGGUGGAUAAUGGCGCGAUCCGAGCAGGAACAGGAGAUGGACUAUCUCUGACAGUUCGAUCACUCAGAGAAGACGAUGGACUCAGCACGGAUGACGGAAGCGACAGCGGAACAGCCGGAACGCCGACCAGUCAAACUGCAGGAUAUUGGCCCGACCUGGAAGUCCUCGAUCCUGACCAUCCCAUCCUGGAGCGUUUCCAGGCCAAUUUGACGCAGUUGCUGGACGAAGAGGAUCAACAGCUGACGCUGAAAAUCCUGGAAGCGGAAGAGAAACGCAAGUGCGUCCUGCGCGAGAGGAAGAAGAUUUCGGCCGGACUGGAUGAGAUGAAACGACUCAAUGAGCGGAGUCGAGUGACACUCCGCAAGGAGAAGGAAGCCCUCGACGUGGAAAAGGCCAAACGACUCCAGGUGGAAGGUGACGUCCUUCCGGAGAAGAAACAACAAUUCGAAAGUCUCGAACGAUUGCUGGGAGACGUUGAGUCCGCCGACGGCCUUUUGGAGAAGGAUUUGGAGUCGGGACGCAAGAAGUUGGCCACAAUCCGCCAGCGUCUGGAGGAGCAACAGCAACAACUGGCCCAAGCCAGGGGCCAACUGGAUCAAGGACAUCGCCAACGGGAUUCCAACCAAGCUCAUAAACUCCUCCAGGAUGUGGUGAUCAAUCAGCUGCUGUCGGAUGUUGAGGCCGCCGAAUGGAAGCGCAACCAGAUGGAGAACGUUCUGCUGGAUGAGGAGCAGUUGACGGCCGGAUUAAGGGAUGCCAUCCGCGGAGCUCACGCCCAAGUUGCGGCAAUCAACACGGAAAAGAUCCGGCUCAACCAGAGCUGGCAAUCCAGCUUGUUGGCCUUACAGAAGAAUAACGAGGCCCUAGCGGCCGUUCACCAAUCCAUCAGGAACGAAGAAGCCCGCCGAGAUGAAAUCAAUCGCUGCUGGGCUAUUGGCGAAAAGGAGACGACGGAAUUGGCUUCGAAACGGACCAACGUUCAAUUCGAAUUAGGGCGGCUGGAACGGAAGAUAACUAAUCUGGAAACGCAGUGCCAGACGCGGGAGGCGCAAAAGAGCUCAGACGAUCAACGCAACCGUCAUCUCGAGUCCAUCAUCCGAUCUCGGGAGGAAGAGCUUCAAACGCUGAUAAGGGAGGCGGAGCUGCUGGCCAAGAGCGAGAGCGAUGCCCUGGACCGUCUGCAGGCCCAGCGGUGCAAAAACAAGACCCUGGAGGCGGCCAUACUCGAUCAAGUCUAUCGGAGUGUGGCCUGCGAUCAGGAAGCGCAGGCCAUUUAUCGGCACAUCCGCCAAAUGGAAGAAGCUUCCACCGAACUGGAUUUCGAAAUUGCCAAAGCCGAGAGUCGUAAUGGACGUGCGCUGCUGGAGCGCGAUGAUCUGGAGAAGGAAUUGCAGGAGAAGACGAAAGAGCUGGAAGAGAAGCAAGGCCAAGUCGCCGCCAGGGACGGGCAAAUCAAACGACUCGAGGCGGAAUUGAGCGAGCAACAGAAACUGUUGGAGAGGAAGGAAAUGCAUUGGGCGAAACAAAAAGUGACGCUGGACGAGCUGCGGGCCACUCUUGAAGAGAAUCAGGCCCGCACUGAAGAGGAAAGAGUCGUGCGGGCCCUGCAGGAGCAGCUGGAUCAAGUUCGUCAGACAACCGAUAGUCUCCAGCGUCAAUGGUCGGAAGCCGAGCAGCAAUUGCUUCAAGUGGCAAUGACACGAGAUAUCCAGGCCGUCGAGGAGGAGAAACUUCGUGAGGAGAUCGCCGUGUGGGAUGAAAAGAAGAAGCGACUCCUCCGUGAAGUAGCCGGAUUGAAGCAAACGCAAUUGCAGUGCAAGAGAUCCAUCCACGGCUGGCGAGAGUACUUGCAGCAGCUGGACGCCCGACUGGCCCAGCAGUCGGCCAACAAAGAAAGCCUAGAGCGUCACAAUCAGCACUUUCAACACCAGUGGCAGCUCCAUCUCGAGGAACCGGAGCGGAAGGUUCACCGAGUCCGUGAGGAAAUCCUCCAACUUCGUGCUCAAAAAUCCAACCUGGAAAUCAGUUUAUGUGACCUGAACAAAGUGAUUGUUUUGUGGACGGGCAAGUUGGCGGACAUUCGCGAAGCUCAAAGUUACUACCAAGCCGAGCGUUCCGAUGCCGGAUCGCUGGCCCUACUCCAAGCAGAGAAACACCGACUCCAGGUGCAAGAGGUCCAGCUGAGGAAGGAUCAAGAACUGCUCAACCACCAACUGCAGAAAGCCGUUCUGGGCCGAUCCGUGCUCAACACCAAGGCCGACAUCAGGACCGGAGUCGGACAUAAGACGAGGAUCGUCAAGGAGCCGGUCGACUCCAACGCCUGGCACAAGAUCCUCUCGAAAGAAAUCGCCAAACGCCGCAAGGAGGUUCUCAAGCUGAAGCAAUCGAUCACCGAGAGGAAGGCAGUCAACGCGGAGCUGACGGCGCAGCGCGACUCUCUACGAGAUUCACUCGAGAUGGACCGUAAUAGACUCGAACAGCUCGAUCACGACAUUGCUGAAGCGGUUGUCACCAAGAGACGAGCCAUUUCGACGCUGGUGGGACAUCAGAAGUGGUGGCGCUUCUACGACCAGCUCAAAUACGGAACUUAUCGACGCAAGCACGGCGCUGACAGCCUGGCGGAGGCAGAGUCCCGCGCAAGACAGAAACUAAUUCAAUUGACCAAGGUUGCCGACAAAUUGGCUUGCGAAUAUCCUCAUUUGGAAGCCCAACUCAAUGAAAUUCGUGACUCACUCAACUAGUCUUGAUUUGAUUUCUUUUUGUUUUAUUUUAUUAGUUGGCUAAAUAGUUGUUCUGGCUCUUCCGCUACGACAUCCACUUGAUAAUGUAGUAGUGUUUCUUUCCUGUUGGGCAAGAAAGGGGAAAACAGUUACAAAUAAAAAGCGAUGUUCAAACACUGA